AUCUGCUUGCAGAAGUAUACAAAUGAUAAAACAAGAGUGGUCCCUAAAAGUAUGACAGAAAACGGCAAAGAACAAAAAAACAUAGUUGGAACGUAAGUAGUCACACACGCACACAUAAAACACCAACGUUAAUAACCCCACAAAACACUCUCUCUAUUUUCACAAAACACUAAAAUCCACUCUACAUUGCGUAACCAUAAACACCAUUGUGUUUUCAUUUCCGUUCCCUACUUCACCAAAUUCACAUGCAAACUCAAACUCACCUUAAUUUCAUUUCCAACACAAUUUGAUACUCUCUUCAUUUUCCAACACAAACACCAUGUGCUCUUCUCUGUCACACCUUAACCCCACUCUCUCCCUCUCUUCCAUGUAACAAAGUACUUCUCCUCCUCCUUCAAUUUCUCUCCCUCUCUCCCAUGGUUAUUACUCUUCAUCAUCAACCAUGCCCACCUUCUUCUCUCUCCCUAGGUGGAUUGGUGGAAAAUUGUUUGGAAAGAAUCCUAAGAGUACAAUCAAUAAUGUUGGUGACAGCGGUGAUGACACUGGAGUUGCUGUCAUAACUGACGACAAUCCAGUGACAAGCGUGGUGGAGUGUUACGCCUGCACACAAGUUGGUGUGCCAGUGUUCCACUCCACCAGCUGCGAUAGCUAUCAACAACCAGAAUGGGAAGCAUCAGCAGGUUCAUACUUAGUUCCAAUACAAAACCGUCCCGGAAAAUUCGCAAGAGCGGUCACAGGGGCAAAUUGGGGACCUUUAGGAAAAGUUUUAGAUCCAAGAAGCAAGCGUGUGCAAAUAUGGAACCGCGCAUUGUUAUUGGCACGUGGUGUUGCCUUGGCGAUUGAUCCGUUGUUUUUCUACGCGCUGUCUAUAGGGAGAGGAGGCUCGCCGUGUUUGUAUAUGGACGGUGGUUUGGCGUUGGUUGUUACGGUGGCGCGUUCGGUUGUUGACGCGGUUCAUUUGUUUCAUGUUGUGUUGCAGUUUAGAUUAGCGUAUGUGUCAAGAGAGUCGCUUGUUGUUGGAUGUGGGAAACUCGUGUGGGACGCACGCGCCAUUGCUUCUCAUUAUAUGAGAUCUUUCAAAGGAUUUUGGUUUGAUAUUUUUGUUAUUCUUCCUCUGCCUCAGGUUGUAUUUUGGGCAGUAGUACCAAAAUUGAUAAGAGAAGAUAGGAUUAAAAUAAUUAUGACAACAAUGCUAUUGCUUUUUUUGUUCCAAUUUCUCCCUAAGGUUUACCAUAGCAUAUCCAUGAUGAGAAGAAUGCAAAAAGUCACCGGCUAUAUCUUUGGCACUAUUUGGUGGGGAUUUGGACUCAAUCUCAUAGCUUAUUUCAUUGCCUCUCAUGUUGCUGGAGGGUGUUGGUAUGUCCUUGCGAUUCAACGCGUUGCAUCAUGCCUACAACAGCAAUGUGAAAGAUCUGUUGGAUGCAGUCUCCCUCUGUCAUGCUCAGAGGAAAUAUGUUUUCAGUCAUUGUUGCCACCGGGAACCAUUGGAAAUGCAUGUGGUGGAAACUCAACAAUGAUGAGUAAGCCUGUGUGCUUAGAUGUGGAAGGACCUUACAAAUAUGGGAUCUAUCAAUGGGCACUUCCUGUCAUAUCCAGCAAUUCCUUGGCUGUCAAGAUUCUCUAUCCAAUUUUUUGGGGUUUGAUGACCCUCAGCACUUUUGGAAAUGAUCUUGAACCCACAAGUAACUGGCUAGAAGUGAUUUUCAGCAUAUGCAUUGUACUCGCUGGACUACUACUUUUCACUCUGUUGAUUGGUAACAUCCAGGUAUUCUUACAUGCAGUCAUGGCAAAGAAGAGAAAGAUGCAGCUGAGAUGUCGUGACAUGGAAUGGUGGAUGAGGAGGAGGCAGUUGCCAUCCCGAUUAAGACAAAGAGUUCGGCAUUUUGAACGUCAGAGAUGGGCAGCUAUGGGAGGAGAAGAUGAGAUGGAACUGAUCAAAGACUUACCUGAGGGUCUGAGGAGAGACAUCAAGCGCUAUCUUUGCUUGGACCUCAUUAAAAAGGUACCAUUGUUCCAUAACUUGGAUGGUCUUAUUCUUGACAACAUUUGUGACAGAGUGAAGCCCCUAGUCUUCUCUAGAGAUGAAAAGAUAAUUAGAGAAGGUGAUCCUGUACCAAGGAUGGUGUUUAUUGUCCGUGGACGCAUAAGGCGAACCCAAAAUCUCAGCAAAGGCAUGGUAGCAACAAGUGUCCUUGAACCAGGAGGCUUUUUAGGCGAUGAACUUCUUUCAUGGUGCCUUAGACGCCCUUUUAUAGACCGGCUUCCGGCAUCCUCAGCUACAUUUGUGUGUCUCGAAUCAACAGAAGCAUUUGGUCUUGAUGCUCAAAACUUGAGGUACAUAACCGAUCACUUCCGGUACAAAUUCGCGAACGAGAGGCUUAAGAGAACAGCGAGAUACUACUCAUCGAAUUGGAGAACAUGGGCUGCUGUCAACAUUCAACUUGCUUAUAGACGUUACAGGCAGAGGACUAGAGGUCCAGUGACUCCUGUAAGGGACAACAAUGGAGGCACCGAACGCAAACUCUUGCAGUAUGCUGCAAUGUUCAUGUCAAUUAGGCCACAUGAUCAUCUCGAAUGAUAAAGGUUUUAAAUUGUGGUCCACAACAAUAAUUGCGGACGUAAUAUAAAGGAGUUUGAACUCUCUGCAACAACAUCACAACCAUUAUUUAGAUGGCAUUGGUUGUAUUUUCUUGCAUUUUUCCGCAAUAUUUAUUAUUAAGAUUCGCAGCUUAAACACAACUGCCACCGCAAUUUGAAAUCAUGUGAUAAACUAGUGUGCAUGAUUGGUUUUAUUUUUAUUGAUUUUUUUUAUUUAUGUUGAGGUUUAAGGUCCUUAAUUGAA